AUGUCGACAGAUCCCAAAUUCGACGAGCUCCAUAAAGGUCUCUUUGAGGAGGGCCUGAAAAUGCGAAGGAGUGUUGUGGGCGAUGAAUAUGUCAAUCGAGCAUUGGAGAACGGGUCCACAGAGUUCUCGCGAGCAGGACAGGAACUCGUCACGGAGAUGUGCUGGGGUUAUGCAUGGACCCGGCCAGGGCUCACGAAGCAACAACGGAGCCUGAUCAACAUUGGAAUGCUCAUGGCCCUCAAUCGUGCGCCAGAGCUCGCUGUACACGUCAGAGGCGCUAGGAACAAUGGAUUGUCUGAGUUGGAGAUUCGCGAGGCCAUCAUCCACGCGACCACGUACUGCGGCGUCCCUGCCGGUGUUGACGCGAUGAAGACGGCCGAGAAGGUGCUAAACGAGAUGGCAGAGAAGGGAGAAAUGCCUCGAGAGCUUGGGAAGCGAAGUGAUCGCGCAUAA